AAGUGCAUUUAUGUGUUAGUUGCUUUGGUUUUUAAUUUCUCCUGUAGGCUUUCCAUUCCCCAGGAAACUCAAUGUUCUCAAGCCCAUUCGUGUUAACCUUCUCUCUCCUUCUCUCCCUCCCAAUCCUCUUCUUCCUUGCCCCACGGAUCCUCCCUCCAAAGCCCCAUUCCUUCCCCCCCAUCUCCCCCUCCGACGAACUCGAUGACAUCAACCUCUUCAACCGCGCCAUUUCCCAUUCCAGCAAUUCCCAUUCCAACCCUUCCAAAUUCUUCCACCUCUCCUCCAAAAACCCCUCUCUCAAAAUCGCCUUCCUCUUCCUCACCAACACCGAUCUCCACUUCUCCCCCUUAUGGGACCUCUUCUUCUCUUCCUCCCCUUCCCACCUCUUCAACAUUUACAUCCACUCUGACCCCUCCUUCAACCUCACUCUCCCUCUUUCCCCUCUUUUCCGUAACAAAUUCAUCUCCUCCAAACCCACCUUCCGCUCCUCCCCUACCCUUAUCUCCGCCACUCGCCGCCUCCUCGCCUCCGCUCUCCUCGACGACCCUUCCAACGCCUACUUCGCCCUCCUCUCCCAGCACUGCAUCCCUCUCCACUCCUUCAAAUACACCUACAACUCCCUCUUCCUCUCCCCAACCUUCGAUUCCGAAAACCCCGAAUCCUCGUCCCGCUUCGGCCUCCGCCUCAAAUACAAAUCCUUCGUCGAGAUCCUCUCCCACGCGCCCAAGCUCUGGAGGCGCUACUCCUCCCGCGGACGCUACGCCAUGAUGCCGGAGAUCCCCUUCGAAGAUUUCCGCGUGGGCUCUCAGUUCUUCACGCUCACGCGCCGCCACGCGCUCGUCGUCGUUAAGGACAGGACACUUUGGAGGAAAUUCAAGAUCCCGUGUUACCGUGACGAUGAGUGUUACCCCGAGGAGCAUUAUUUUCCUACCCUGUUGUCCAUGGCGGAUCCUGAUGGAUGCACCAAAUACACGCUCACGAGUGUUAACUGGACCGGCACCGUCAACGGCCAUCCUUACACUUACCGGCCGACGGAAAUCUCGCCGGAACUCAUUCUCCGGCUCCGGAAGUCCAAUCAUUCCGAGUCUUACCUCUUCGCCAGGAAAUUCACCCCGGAUUGCUUGGAGCCCUUGAUGCGCAUUGCUAAAUCGGUCAUCUUCAGGGAUUGAAAUUCAAAUUGUAAGUGAAAACAUGCAGGUGGAAAAGGUCUGUGAAGAGAUUUAUGGUGUGAGAUGAUAUUUUGCUUGCUGUUGCUGUGACUGUAGGUUGAUGGUGGUGUAUAGUUUGAAGAGGCACGAACAGCCCACAUCCUAUAUGCAUACCUGGAACUCUCAAAUUGAGAGACUUGGGAUCUUACACGAACGAGGGAAUCAAAUCAAAUCAUAUACAAAGCAAAGAAAUAGGUAAACACCUGCGUGAGUUGAAAAGGAAAUGCGGGUGGUGCUCUAGGCAAGUGUAUUUAGUUGGGAUGCAAGUGCUAAAGUAAUUGCUAAUUUGGCAUAGAAGAUUGUGUAGGUAGUUCUUCCUUUUGUGGGAUGGUUUUGUACAUAAGAGUUGUGUAAACAUUGUUUAAAAGCUCUACAGUGUUACUACUUUUGAACAAAAAAAAAAAAAGAUUUGUCUAAACGUGAGGCAACAGUGACUGCAAUUAUAAAAAGGAAAAAAAAAAACACUCUUUCCACAUUUGGCUUUUUCGAAUUGAUCCCUUUGUCAUCCUGCUAUUGCUGUA